UAAAGUUGGAUAAAAAUAUAAUUUCAGUUCGUAAUGUUAUUCCUUAAAGUAUCCCGCAGAGUGUUAGUAAAAUUUCUAGGAGCACGCAGUGUGUUCACAUCAGGCUGCAACUGGGCGGCCUUGAAAACAGUCCAAGAAAAGGUGAAUCCGUACGCAAAAAUUCAUGUUGACUGUGCCUACAGUUUGAAAAUCGUUCCAUACGAUUUGCUCGACUGCCCCGACUCUAAUAUACUCCGAGCAUCGGUUAAACAAGACGAUGGUUCAAAUGGUAUAAAGGUGCACGUUUCCGACAAUCUCGUCACCAUCACAGGUGAUUCAAAAUCUAUCGACACAGAAUGUCUUCUCGAAGUCCCGAUCAAGGCCGAUCUGAACAUUCGUAAUCACGGAACGACCUCCAUCAUCGACCUAUACAGUGAUGAAAUAGAAGUAAACGGAACGGGCAACAUCGAAACGAAAAGCCUGCGAUCCACUAAUAUUAAACUCUCCAGUACGGCGGGAAACAUUGCGUGUAGAGGAAUCACACUAGCCGAGAAUGUUGUUGCAACGGCCGCUGGGAAAGGGAAUAUUUUCCUCGAUAAACUACAAGGAGGAUCGGUUAGCGCUACGACAGAAGGAGGAAAAAUUACAGUCAAUGCGAGCUACUCAAACAAGAGUUCGUUCCAAACGGCCAACGGAGAUUUGGAGUUGAAAAGUAUCCACAAGGACUGUACUGUUCGUUCGUCCGGAGGCAACAACUUUGUUAUGAAUGGUUUCUACGGUACGUUGGACGCAAGAGUCGGUAGCGCAAACAUGACACUGCAACUUUCUGAAAUGGUUGGCAAGAGUAGCAUUAAAGCUUCAUCAACGCAGAAAUUGCAAUUAAAUCUUGCUGAAACGGUUUAUGAAACUUCUGCAAUAACUGUUAUUUCACCGAAGCUGGAACUAGAUAGCAGCAUAGACGAUCAGGUACACUUACGCGAAGGCACUAGCUCUAAACUAGGUAAAUCCGAUGCAGAAAAUACGCUGGUCGUCGAAACGGACGGAUCCGUAGUGUUGCGAAAGAUGUCCUGGGCGGAUAGUUUCUCCUUCGGAGAUAAAAAUCGCAUCGAGCAAUGAACCUGAAUUGCUUUUACCUCAUGACCUGGUCUCUUGAAAGCAUUUGUGUAGAAUAAAAAUGUAUUAGCAAUAUUUA